GACGAGCGUAGCUUGCGAGUUGUGAGCACGUGUUUGGAAUGAGAUAUCGUGCGAAAGCGUACGUGUGAUGCGCACCAGCAUCAUACUAACGUCACGACAGUUCACUAAGUUCUCAUUUCAGGCAGUAUGGCCAUCGAAGCAUUUAGAAGUGCUCAACAAUGGAAGCAAAGAAUGAAUGUCAUAGUUUUAAAGGUGGUUUCACCUACUCGCUUUCUGAUAAGGGAAUCUAGCAGACCAGCUAUGUCUCCCAGUGUAAGAGAAUUCAUUAGCUUGGAGGCAGAAAUGAUUCAUUACAGGACAAAAUGUGAUCUUGAGCCCUUUACGUCACUACUUCCACAGCUAGGUUCUAUUGUUUUGGUACAAAAUCGUUCAUUGAAGAAAUGGUAUCGAGGACGUGUCAACAAUGUAUUUGACACCAUCAGUGGCUAUCAAGUUGAGGUGUUCUUGGUUGACUAUGGCAAGACACUCCUCGUGGAUCGACGAGACUUACACAAGGUACCCAACAAAAGGAUCCUUGAGGUGCCCUUUCAGUGUAUUGAAUUUUUACUGCUUGGAGUGGGACCUCUCCGUCUGACAAUUGACCCAGCAACCAUCACUGCAAUCUAUGUGAGAGGCUCCUCUUGGGAUACUGCUUCUAUUGAUCAUGUGAACUCCAGAGUGCAAAAAGCUGAUGCUGUGCACAUUGAAGUGCUGGGAAAGACCACCUCAGGAGGGCUUUGUGGAAAGCUCUUCAUCGACUGCAACAAAAAUGUGAUAGCUCUUGAUAAAGAGCUGGUCAAGCUGAAUUAUGCUUUCCUAGAUGCUGCAGCAGGCAUGGAAGAGGUCAUCUUGGAUGACUACAAACCUGAGAAAGAUGAUCAGCAGCCAGUAAAAGAAUCUCAAGAUGAAGACACUUCUAAAAGUAGCAACUUUUGGGAUGACAUACAGAGAAAGAGUGCUUCGGCGGCUUUGAAAGAAGUGCUUGACAGUGUGUAUGGCACUUCUUCGAGCAGUUUGGCACUUGUUCCUUUGGAAGUGUGUGAGGCAGAAGAGUCUCCACCAUCGUCGGGAUCUGCCAGUGGUGAAUGCUCUCCACUACACUGGUCAUCGUCUUCAACCUCCAUUUCUAUUGACACAUCUUCAUCAGGCACAGAUACACCUCCCACAUUGCCUGGGCUGGGCCGAGGCCUUUCUCUAAUGCUAAGAGUAAAGGAAUUUGCGAGUGACAGCUCAUGCUGCGAGCCUAGUGCCAGGGGCAGCAUAGACAUGCAGACUGGGGAGCUAAGCACUGCCAUGCUGAGUCCAAGUGAAUAUAGUGAUGAGGAUGAAUGCUAUACUCCUACUUUAGUUGGCACUCCACCUGCAGUUUUCAGGGAUCGUGAGACAGCCUAUUCUCCCGAAAAACUACAAUCAUCAUCAUCAGAGCCUGCAAUGCCACAGCUUGAAACUGUACAAUCGAGGCAUGAACCCUCCUCUGUUAUUCCUAAGCCAGUUAUGCCACAAUCUUUGGCUGAUACAAGCCACUCUGAUGAAUGUAGAGCCCGUGGUCGAGCUCGGCUGCUUAGUUUGUCUCCCAAUCCAUCAAAUUCAUCCGAAGAAAGCCGAGGGGUGUUUCGCAGAAGUGUUACACUUAGCGAGAGAUUUUCAAUGUCCAGUGAAGCAUCUAGCGGCUCAUCGGCUCCUGAAGUCUGUGCAGCUGAUAAGAAAAACCCAAGCCCGGUCAUGAACUUACCCGACUUCACAGCAUACCGAGGACGCGGGUGUGCGUUAUUCACAAAAGUGAUGUCAGGCCACAAAGGCAUGCAGACAGCUAAUAGCCCGGUCAUGAACUUACCCGAUUUCACAGCAUACCGAGGACGCGGGCAUGCGUUAUUCACAAAAGUGAUGCCAGGCCACAAAGACAUGCAGACUGAAAAGCUAAGCACUGCCAUGCUGAGUCCAGGGGAAGACAGUGAUGAAGAUGCAUGCUAUACUCCUACUCCAGUUGGCACUCCACCUGCAGUUUUCAGGGAUUGUGAGACAGCCUAUUCUCCCGAAAAACUACAAUCAUCAUCAUCAGAGUCUGCAAUGCCACAGCUUGAAACUGUACAAUCGAGGCAUGAACCCUCCUCUGUUAUUCCUAAGCCAGUUAUGCCACAAUCUUUGGCUGAUACAAACCACUCUGAUGAAUGUAGAGACCACGAUGAAUGUAGAGCCCGUGGUCGAGCUCGGCUGCUUAGUUUGUCUCCCAAUCCAUCAAGUUCAUCUGAAAAAAGCCGAGUGGCGUUUCGCAGAAGUGUUACACUUAGCGAGAGAUUUUCAAUGUCCAGUGAAGCAUCUAGCGGCUCAUCGGCUCCUGAAGCCUGUGCAGCUGAUAAGAAAAACCCAAGCCCGGUCAUGAACUUACCCGACUUCACAGCAUACCGAGGACGUGGGCAUGCAUUUUUCACAAAAGUGAUGUCAGGCCGCAUACCAGGGCAGAGCACUACUCAAUUGUCACCACAGCCACUAAGCACGCAAAAAAACAGCCUGGCACAGAAAGAGUCUUUUGACAUCUCUUGUGGCAGCAACCAGCCUAAACCUGCAUCGUCUAGUGUACAGAAUGAUACCUACCCGUCUAAAGUGAUAACCAAGGCAACACGAAUGAAGGACCUGUGGGGAAAAAAAGGACAUUCUUUGUGUGCAGCUUCAUUGCAAGGCUGUUCAUCUAAAGCUCAAGAUGACAGUCUGGCAAAUUUUCUCAAGCCUGGUGUAACUGCAGGAACAGUGCCGGCACUAAAGAAAGAAGAUUUGUUUACUGGAACUUCAUUAUCAUGUCCUGGUAGCAGCACUGACCAAAUGCCGGCUUCAACAAUGUCAAGCAGGGAACUCGUUGCGAAGUUUCUUGAUGCCAGCAACUUGAAGACUUCAUACGAACCUGAUCAAGAGUUUGCUGAUCCUUGUGCAACCAUGGGUGUUUCUCAGUCAUCAGAAGACUUUUGGAGGACAGAUGUCUUUUCUGAGCUAUCGGCAGACCUGGACCCAUGUGCACAGUUCCAGAGUCCUAUUUACUUCAAGACCGGUCAUGAUACUUCCAGACAAGCAUCGCAACCUGCAUUCUCCGAAGUUCAGGUUCUCUGCCAUGGCAUUAGGCCACCUAGGCCCCAGACUCACCUUGACCAGACAGUAUUUGAUCAAUUUGUGAAAUCGCGGUUGCGCUCCGAGGGGUUUCAGGAUCCAACAUGCAUUCAGACAGUAGUGUGGCCCGCAGUGAUGUCUGGCAGAGACAUUGUUGCUGUGGGACCACGAAACUCGGGCAAGACACUUGCAUACCUGAUCCCACUCGUUUCAAGACUGAUGUCUGAAAUUGACUACGAGAAACUGCCUGCAGGCGUUGGACCUCUAAUGGUGGUUUUAGCAUCUACGUGGGAAGGAGCUCUCCGCAUAUAUCACCAGGCCGAACAACUUGUCCAUGAAAAAAGAGGUCCCAAAAUAUGUGCCUUGUAUCCUGGAGGAGCGGUAAAAGGAAAAGAGGUAGAGGUGGUCAAUGGCUGUGAUGUCUUAGUAACGACUCCCCUCUGUUUCCUGCGCUUUCUGACCAAUUAUGGUCGUCUCAUCGUUAACUUGCGUCGGUGCUGCCAUGUGGUCUUGGAUGAUGGUGAACGGCUGCUGGACAAGUUUGCUGUGGAGGUUACUUCGGUGAUGAAUGAGUUUCGGCAGUGCUUGAAACGACGCAAGCCAGGAAUGCUACGUGGCCAAAUUAUAGUUUGCUCCACAAUGUGGUCUAGUGGCUUGAACUGGUUUAUACGGAUGACAUCCUUGAGCCAAAAUCCUCUCAUCGUGUUUACCUCAUUCUUUGAAGCUGCCAUCUAUGCACAGGUUCCAACAGUGGCCAGUUAUGUUCACCCCAACAGUCGACAAGAGACACUGCUCAGAAUUGUGGAAGGCAGCCUGGGUCGAAAAGUGGUAGUGUGCACAGCUGACAAAGAAUCUGCCAUUUCUCUGCAACGGUUGCUGUUGUCAACUAGUAUCAAUUGCCUGCUGCUUUAUGAUGAGCUCCCAAUGGCGAAGAUAUGGGAAAUCACAGAUGAAUGGAACAGUGUGCGUCCAAGGACUGUGUUGCCUGUCCUUGUGGCUCAAGACAAUGUGCUGUCAUUGGCCAGCAUUCGUGAUGCUGCUGUUUUGAUCCACUACGACGUGCCUGAAUUGUCCAAGUACAACUUUGGUUUUCGCUUUUCCGUCCUUGCUGACCGUAUGCGAUCAUUCAUGGAUGAGGGUGCUCUCUAUACUGCUGACGAGCCUGUGGCCCACCUGAUACUUUCAAGCGGAAACCGCAGUCUUUCUGUGCAGCUUGUGGACUUUCUGGGCAGGCUAGGCACCAAUGUUCCAGAUGGACUGGCGAGGCUUGCCCUUGAGGAACAAGCUAAAGCAUCAUCAAAUCUCAAUGUGGCCCUCUGCCCAAAUCUGAAAGCAUUCGGUCAUUGUGAAAACCAGACAAUGACUGGAGAGAAGGGCUGCUACUAUCGCCAUAAGGUCUUGCUUGCAGCAGAUCAUACUCGGGUAUGGGAGGACCUGCCAUCUCAGGGCCUAGUCCUCAUUGUUGUAACCAAAGUGGUGAAUGCGACAUGCUUUUAUGCUUGGAUUCUUCAACACUGGGAUACUUCAUCUAAUUCAACAAAUGAAAGAAAAUUUGUAGUCAAGGAAAAUCUGGAGCUUCAUAAUGCCAUGCUGUCCCUGAAUGACUUCUUCAUGAAGCCAGGAAACUUUAAGUAUGUGGACUCAAAUGUCGUGCCCAAAGUUGGUGAAGUGUAUGGGCUGGAGCACACCGUUGGCCAUUUCCGAAGGGUCUUGGUGCUUUCAAUUACGCCGAAGAAGUCGGCUCCUGCCAGCAUCACUGUGUUCCACAUGGACUAUGGCGACAAGUCAACUGUUGCUGCAAGAAGAUUGCUUCAUCUGCCAAGAGAGCUAGCUAACCUGCGGCCAUUCAUAAUGGAAGUGUUCUGCUGCCGUAUCCAGCCUCAGGACUGCGACCUCGAUUGGACUUUUCAGGCUAACCACAAGUCAUACGAGCUUGUUUUGAGGAAAGAGCUUCUUGGCAAGAUUGUCUUGCGGCUUGGAAACACCUUAUGGCUUGACCCACUUGUCUUGUGGGAAAGUCUGCCCUUUGUUGACGCAAAGGUGCCUUUACAGAACGUGAGAAGUACUUUAAUUGAAGCAAACCUUGCUUGUAAUAAUGCAACCCAUCUUGAAAGCCUGCGCAACAUGGCUGCUGAGGCAGGGGUGCUGCUACCUAAUCUUUCAGAAAUGAACAAAGAAAGGAGUGAGGAUGACAGCGCAAAUACUGUCGUCAACCAGCAUUGCACCGCUUUCCUUGACAUGAAGGAUUUCAACCAUGUGUACCUCUGGAAGGUCACCUCCCCAUCAGAUUUCUACAUACAGCCAUUGAAGUUCAAUUCAUGUUUGGAUGAACUUGAGAAUAACAUCCAGAAGACAAUGAAGAGAAGGGAAUUGAGAAAGCUGAGGUCUUGUCAUCCUGGAGCACUGUGCAUUGCUCACUACAAUAACGACGGAUGGUAUCGUGGAGAAGUACAGGAAGUUCUCAACAGCUCAGAAGUCAACGUGUUUUUUCCUGACUAUGGAGAUACUGCGAGAUGCCCCCGAGAUGAGCUGUUUAAGCCUCUUUCAUGGAUGAUGCUGCUGCCCUACCAGGGCAUUCAGUGCUCUUUGGCAGGAAUUGUUUCACCUUCUGGGAACUGGAGCCCAAUGGCUCAAUCUGUGCUUGAGAGCUUUGGCUAUGAUGACUAUGACGUGAAUCGCGUACUAUGUCUCAGGGUUGUGAAGAAGAAUGCUGGAAAGCAUCCUGGGACGAACUGUUAUGAGGUUCUCUUGUUCAGCGGCUGCUAUAAAGAAAGAAUUAGUGCAGCUGAUCUUCUCGUAGAGCAGGGGCUUGCUGUCUCAACAAAGCUGCCGAAGCUUAGCUUUGAUGUCAACCUUGCACACUCAACAGUAUCUCUAGAGGCCACAGGGGCCUAUGACUCUGAGAGCGAUGAGGAUGGAGAAGAAGUCACGCUUGAGUGCCAAAGAAAAUUGGAGGAGCAUAUGUAUAACGUGUUUAGUGAAGUUCGAGACCAGGUUCUUGCACCUGCAGCAGAAUUCAUGCAGGAGUUGAGUUAUGAAAGGGAUGCACUUGGCCAAGGAGACACUUGCCAGCCUCAAGCAAAAGAGUCAGAGGCACAACCACCACAACAAUCAUGCAUACAGAGCGACAAAAAGGCCACAGAAAAAAGGGUUAAACCAGCCAAUGCCCAUUUGCGAGCCUUAAGAAAGGAAUGCCCUCUGCUAGAGUCGCAUUUGAAGGCUGAACAAAGCCGUCAAGCAUCCAUCUCAUGGUGGCAAGAUCAUAGCUUUGUCUAUGUGAACAUCUUGAUUGCAAAUGUGAAGGAGUACAAGCUAGAUGUUACUGCAAAGAUGUUUUGCAUCAGGGCUGAAACAGCACAGCAUGAGUACCUAGCUCAUGAGAGGCUUUAUGCUCCCAUUGUACCAAAGAAAACAAGUUUAGUAGUGAAGGCCGACUCCUUGGGGAUCAUCUUCGAGAAAAUAAAAAAAAAGCAUAUAUGGAAGUUUCUAACUAGAAACCAGCGAAAGGUGUGGCAUAUUCGCUAUGACCUGGAUCAUGUUGAUGUGAGUGAUGAUGAGAACGACGUAGUCAAAGCCUGCAAAGCUUUCAAAGACCCCCUGUUCACAGGAGGCUAUGAGUGUCCAGCAGAGAUUUUGCCUUAUGACCCUGUGGCCCAUGAAGAAAGAGCAAGAGAAAUCGAAGCUGACGUCGAAGACUUCGGCAAUUCAGAUGUGAACAUGUAUUUCAGUGUUGACCCAAACGAUAUUUUUAGUGAUUUCACUGAAUAGCCAUACCAGAAGGAUGACAGAGUUUGCGGCGUUUCACACUCACCCCUCCACUUCCCUUCUUUCCUCCCUCUCUCUUUUUCUUUUUUAAUGCAAAGUUUGCACCACUGACAUACAAUACUAAAAUUUUCAUCUUAUUGUCCAUGUUCAAACAUGUACUUACAUGUAUCACCUUACUGUGAUAGCUGAAAAAGUUUCAGCAAAGAGCUUUUACAUUUUGAGACAAAUAAAGAUAAGUUAUUUGUGA